CAGAAAUUUCUGAGUGGAGUCAAAGUUAAAUAAAAAACGAUCAUUCAUCAGCUUCUGAAAGCUAACUGAAGACCAAAGACAGAAUACACGUUUCACAUCAAUACCAUACAUUUUUCAAAAUUUAUUUUUCAAACCUUUUACAUUAAAGUACUCUAGACUAAUUUCUACCAAUAUUACUGAGCCGAUUCAAAACAUCGUGGAUUCUCUUCAUCCCGAAUUCGUUAUUGUAAAACAAAAUAUCAGUAAUGUGUUAUAGCCUUAAUUGCUGUAAUCACUAAUAUACAAACCAAAACAUACAACUACAUAACUACCAUUUCUUUUCGACAAGCACAGACAUAAGCAUACUACAUAUACUUUUAAAAGGGGAAUAAAGAAAAUCAACUAGUUCACCAACCUAUCUGACUACCACCCUACCAAUUAUUAUCCCACAAUCCUUUGCGCCCAGCUACUAAGCGAAGAGCAUUUUUUCUUUUGAUAGAGGCCCCCCUCCCCCGUUCUUGCUAGUUGCUUUCCUCCGCCUGUUUGCCUUUUUCUUCGGCUCUGGCUUAUAUCGAAGCGCCGGAGCCUUGCGCAGACUGGAACUAUGCCGCGGGGCCGACCUCCCAUUCAGAGUGACAAACUGAGCGCUGACCAAGAUAGAGAAGUGACGCAAGGCGCAGAUAAGAAUUACACCAAUCAAAAACCAGGGUCACACACGUGUGACAUCUGUAUGCUAACAUUUCCAAAAGAAAGUCAGUUUCAGCGUCACUUACGGGAACAUGAAAGAAAUGACAAGCCUCACAGAUGUGAUCAGUGCCCCAUGUCUUUUAAUGUGGCCUUCAACUUGGCACUUCACAAAGCUACUCACAAUACAGAGGACCCUGUCUGUCCUGUGUGCUCCAAGAAAUUCUCCAGAGUGGCUAGCCUUAAAGCACACAUCAUGCUACACGAAAAGGAAGAAAAUCUUAUUUGCACAGAGUGUGGUGAUGAAUUCACAUUGCUGAGCCAGCUAGCAGCACACAUGGCUGAACAUCAGCAGGAACUGUCAGGCAACAGGGUCUUCGAGUGUAAAGUCUGUAAAAAAGAAUUUAAAACUCCUUCUGUUUUAAAAAAGCACUUAAAAACACACUACAAAAUCAGGAUGUCGUCAAAUUCCAGGAGUUAUAAUCGAAACAUUGAUAGGUCAGGAUUUUCGUAUUCUUGUCCACAUUGUGGGAAAACUUUCCAGAAGCCUAGUCAAGUAACACGCCAUGUUAGAAUACACACUGGUGAAAGACCGUUCAUAUGUGUUGAAUGUGGAAAAGCUUUCAACCAGAAAGGGGCACUUCAAACUCACAUGGUUAAACAUACAGGUGAAAAGCCUCAUGGCUGUUCUUUAUGUCCUGCAUCCUUUUCUCAGAAAGGCAAUCUCCAGUCCCAUAUACAGAGGGUCCAUACCGAGGUGAGGAAUGGUCCCAUGUACAACUGUCCAGAAUGUAGUUGUAUUUUUAAAAACUUGGGUAGUCUGAAUGCACAUAUUAGCAAGAUGCACAUUGGAAGGCCUGUCAAGCAAGCAGACGCUGCAGAGGAAAGGAAGUCAGUGGACUCGAUAGGUGCUGUAACAUCUGAGAGCCCAGAUGGUGGCCAGCAGGAACCACAACCUGAUGUUAUUCAACAGCUGUUGGACAUGUCAGAGCAAGUGACAAAUGACAGCUCUCAAACUCAGCCACCAGUACAAGAUCUCAGUAUUGCAGUAGGACUCAGCCAGGAUAUUUUACAGCAAGCUUUGGAAAACAGUGGACUUACAGCACUUCCAGUUCAAGCACAUUCUCAAGAGUUGGGACAGUCAUCAGCUACUGCCCUGAAUCACUGUCAGGAUGGCCAGACUGCCUUGAUUCAACAGGCACAACUUGAUCUUGAAACAGAGAAGGAGCAGGAUGGUACAGACAAAUCUGAUAGAAGAGAAAAGAAGUUUUUGAAGAAAAAAGGACUGUAUAUGCCUGGUUCUAUUCGAGAAGAGAAUGGAAUUCGAUGGCAUGUGUGUCCAUACUGCACAAAAGAAUUUAAGAAACCUAGUGACCUUGUUCGCCACAUACGUAUCCACACUCAUGAAAAGCCCUUCAAGUGCCAACAGUGCUUCCGUGCCUUUGCUGUAAAGAGCACAUUGACUGCUCAUCUAAAGACCCACACUGGAAUUAAAGCAUUCAGGUGCCAGCUCUGCAUGAAAGCUUUUUCCACCUCAGGGAGCCUGAAAGUCCACUUUCGUCUUCAUACAGGUGUCAGACCUUUUCCUUGUCCACACUGUGACAAAAGGUUCCGUACAUCAGGCCACAGGAAGACUCAUAUUGUUUGUCAUUUUAAGGGUUAUGAUCCAAAGAAACCUCCCUACCACCAUAAACCUAUCAAGCCUCGUCAAGGGAAGAUUAGUAUCUCAGCAGCAGAAAUAUCCCUGCAAGAGCCUAUUCUCAUCACUGAUAUGGGUCUACUUCAGAAAAUUCCUAGGGACAGCCAGGUAUUCCAGACAGUUAAUAAUAACAGUAAUAACCCUGCAGGUGAAGCUGAUAGACCUUACAAAUGUCAUAACUGUAACAGAGCAUACAAGAAAUCAAGCCAUUUGAAGCAGCAUCUCAGGUCCCACACAGGAGAAAAACCCUACAAAUGUUCUCAUUGUGGGAGAGGUUUUGUGACUGCCGGUGUGUUAAAAUCACACAUAAGGACACAUUCUGGACUGAAGGCUUAUAAAUGUGUGGUCUGUGAUGGAGCAUUCACCACCAGUGGCAGCUUGAGACGUCAUAUGGGAAUCCACAAUGAAUUCCGGCCAUAUAUGUGCCCGUACUGUCAGAAGACAUUCAAAACCUCCUUAAACUGUAAAAAGCACAUGAAGACACACAGGUAUGAACUUGCACAGCAGCUUCAGCAGCAACAGACAGGCUCUCUCUGUAAUGAGUCCAUGGAUCAGCAAGAAGUCCCAAUUUCUACACAGAUGCAGGUUGAGAUAGAAAGUGAUGAGUUGCAGCCAUCCACCACUGUCACCAAUGAACAACAAGCUUUGUUGGAGCUAGAACAGCAGCAAGUUGUGGAAUCAGAUCUAGAUGGAUUGGGGCAACAGAUUGCUGAACAACCGCUGGUUCAUGAUGAAGUGACAUUUGGUGCAGCUCAAAAUGCUCUGCAACAGAAUAUAAAUCAGUUUGAACAAACCAUGGCACAGCAGUCUUUUGAGCAACAGGGGCUAACACAAGGUUUUACAAUGUCUGAUGGAUAUAACCAGCAGAAUCAGUUUACAGCAGUACAACAGCUUCAGGAUUCAAGUACACUGGAGUCUCAAGCCCUAUCUACAAGUUACCAUCCACAAAAUCUGCUCCAAGUUUCCAGUGCAGAUACAAUUAAUAUCACUACCCAUUUGCUGCAAGAACAGUCCCAGAGUGAAAUUCAGCUGCCAAGCCAGCGCCCGGCAUUUCGCGAAAGUAAUGAUGAUCACAGUAAACGUACACACAGGUGCCAGUAUUGUUACAAAGGCUUUAAGAAGUCUAGCCAUUUGAAACAACAUGUCCGUUCGCAUACGGGGGAGAAACCGUAUAAGUGUAGAGUUUGUGAAAAAGGCUUUGUCUCAGCAGGUGUUGUGAAGGCCCACGAAAGAACACAUACAGGAGAAAAAUCAUUUGCCUGUAUUAUUUGUAAUUCUACAUUUACUACAAAUGGAAGCCUCACAAGGCACAUGACCGCACACAUGAGUAUGAUGCCUUACAAGUGCCCAUUUUGUGAUGAAUCAUUCCGAACUACACUUCACUGCAAAAAACACAUGAGGAAUCAUCAGGUUGUUCCUGCAGCAGGAUCAGAGGCAGGAAACAAUGAAGCAGCAGCUAGCAGCCUUGAAGAAGAUGAGGAAAAUUCUAGAAGAUCGACUUCCAGAAGGUCUAGAAAUGAAUUCAUUACUUUCACAGAAGAAGAGACUGCAGAAUUAGCAAAAAUUAAACCAAGAGAGGGUGCUUCUGUCUCUGAAAAAGUGUUAGUCCAGUCUGCUGCAGAAAAGGACAGGAUUAGUGAAAUCAAGGACAAAAAUGCAGUUUUGGAAACAGAACCAAAACAUUCUAACUGCUGUGCUUAUUGCCCAAAGAGCUUCAAGAAACCAAGUGACUUAAUCAGACAUGUUCGUAUCCAUACAGGAGAGAAGCCUUAUAAAUGUGGAGUGUGUGGAAAGAGCUUUACAGUCAAAUCUACUCUUGACUGUCAUAUAAAGACUCAUGCAGGUCAGAGACUCUUCAGUUGUCAUGUGUGCAAUAAUUCAUUCUCCACAAAAGGUAGUCUUAAAGUGCACAUGCGACUUCAUACAGGAGCAAAGCCAUUUAAGUGCCCCCACUGUGACAUGCGGUUCCGUACUUCUGGUCGAAGGAAAAGCCACAUACAAGGCCACUUUAGACCUAUAUCAGAAGUGAAGAAGAUAAGAAAGGUGACAAAUCACCAGGCAACAGAAGGAAUACCAUCAGUUAACAUAAUGAAUAACUCCUCUUCUGAUCCAGGUGUUUUCAUCACAAAUAAUUCUGUGCUGACUGGUCAGUUCGAUCAAAGUCUGCUACAUCAAGGGCUUGUGGGACAGGCCAUUCUUCCUGCAACCAUGGGAGCUGGAGGUGACCUGACUGUUUCCCUCACGGAUGGUAGUCUUGCUACACUUGAAGGCAUACAGCUACAACUGACUGCUGCUAAUUUAGUGGGGCAGAAUGUUCAGAUUUCUGGCCUUGAUCCAGCCAACAUUACAUUGCAGAUUGAUCCAAGUAUUUUGCAGCAAACUUUACAGCAGAGCAACCUAAUUGCCCAACAGUUAACAGGAGACCCAAAUCUUGGACAGCAGUCAAGUUCCAUACAGACAGCAGAUGGCACUGUACCAGCUAAUGUAGUUCUACAGCCAAUCACAGGCCUGUCAUUACAGCCAACAAUGUCAUCAUCUAACAUGGUGAUGGGAAGUCUAAGUGACCAACACUCGGUACUCACUACCAACAGCACAGGAGCCCAGGAUCUACCUCAAGUAAUGACGUCUCAGGGUCUUGUGACUACUUCCAACAGUCAACAUGAGAUUACGUUAACAAUUAACAACUCCAGUCUCAGUCAGGUUCUCGCACAAGCUGCUAAUUCCAGCUCCACUAACGCAACAGGAACACCACAAGAGAUUACACUCACCAUUUCAGGUCAGGAUCUUAUCCACCAGCACAGUAAUUCUGGAACUGGAGACCUGAAUGAGAGCAUCCCAUUGCCAAAUCCCUCAGUUAACAGCCAAACAGGAGGAGCUACCUUAACAAUAAAUAAUGAUCAUCUACUCCCUCAGGGAACAACACUAAACACUACCAGUUCUGGAAUUUCAGGGCUUACUUCAACUGGCAGUAGCCUGUCUGCUGCAACCUCUAUGCCACAAACGUCAGUGCCUCCCCAAAACCUGGUGAUGUCCUCUUCUGGAGUUGGAGGGGAUGGCAGUGUCACGCUAACUCUGGCUGAUACCCAGACUAUGCUGUCUGGAAAUCUUGAUGCAGUAAUAAAUUUAACAUCACAGGGACAGCAGUUUCCUUCUAUGCUUUCUGAUACUGGUCUCCCAGUACAAAGUGGAGCAGCACCCCAGCAGGUUAUACUGGUGACUGAAGCUACUACAAACUUGCCAAAGGUUGCUCAAGUGGAAGGAGAACUUCCGCUAAAUCAGUGUUUUGAAUGUAAGCAGACAUUCUCCUCUGCAACCAUGCUGCAUCAACACAGCAGGGCAGCUCAUGGAAAGGAAAGAAUCCACGUCUGUCGUAUUUGUCAUAAAGCUUUCAAACGAACAACACACCUUAAGGAGCAUAUGUAUACCCACCAGUCAGGACCUUCGCUCAGCUCACAGAAGCCAAAACUAUUUAAAUGCAAUACUUGUAUGAAGGCAUUUGCCAAACCAAGCCAACUUGAGAGACAUAAACGGAUACAUACAGGAGAGCGUCCUUUUGAAUGUACUCAGUGUGAAAAAGCUUUCAACCAGAAAAGUGCUCUGCAGAUACACAUGAAAAAACACACGGGGGAAAGGCCCUUCAAGUGUGAGUACUGUGGGCUGUGUUUCACACAGAAGAGCAACAUGAAGCUCCAUGUAAAAAGAGUUCAUCCUGGUGGGAGUGAGCCAGCUGCUAUUCAUUUAGUACUGAAUAUAGAACAUGCCAUGGAACAGAAUUAAGAAGACUGCCAAAGUGUGCCAGAAAAGCCGAAUGUAGCCACGUCUUCAGAGAAGAGCCAUAUAGUUCCACAGUGAUGGAGUCAGGGUUCUGUAUGUGGAUACUUGAGGAUGAGAGCCAAGUUGGGCCUGUGAUACUCCAAAGCAGAGAUCUUGUGGAAAAGAGAUACACAUGAUGAAUGUGACUUGGAUGUCUGUUUUUAAGCCGUACAGUUGAUUAGGAAUCCAGGUGCUCUUUUAAGGAUCAUGCAUUCUGCAGUUUGAGUGCAGAGCACUUACCUGCUGAAGGCAAGCUGAAAUCAUUAGUAAGACAGACAACACUGGUUUUCCACUGGGUAUGAAAUGCAUUUACAGUAACCUUUGUUAAAGAAGGUUGGAAGGUUUGUCUGCUGCUGGCUGGCAUUAAAAGUUACCUGAAUGUUUACUCAGAGUAGUAAAUGAAGUAAUGGUAACAGUUACAGAUAACUCUUCAACAUCUCUUCAAGGGCUUGACAUAAAGCCCUAGCAAUAAUAUGUUUCAAAGUAGAAUGAUGUCCUUCCCUUCAAUUCAAGUUGGUCAUGAACCCAGUAUGCAAGUGCUGAGUCCAGGAAUGAUCAUAGCUCUUGACAGACCUUGGCUUUUUUCAGUCUAUUGAUCUGUUGUUGAAAAGAAGAUGCUGGAUAUCUAUGUGAAAACUGACAGAAUUUAUUAGAAAAAAGAUCAAAACCUUAACUACUGGGUAUUGUCUCUCAAAGCUUCAGAAUGUCUCCAGUAGUUAUAAGACUGCAGAUGAAAUUUAUAUGCGAUAAAUUUUCUUGAAAAACUCAACUCAGGCAGGAAUGAACUGCCAGACUGUCUAAGGUGCUGUACAGAAAACAAAGGCCUCUCAUAUGCUAGCACUGCUCAGUGAGCAGCCAGGCAUAAAGUACUUAAAUGUGUUGUAUAUUCUUGCUGUAAAC